AUGAUGUCGUUCUUAAUGAAAUAUCUGGAUGAUAAAAACUCUCCAGUCAAUACUGUGGCUACAAUUGUGCUUGCCUUAGUUGCGAUUCUUUUUCUUUCGGACGUGUCAACAGUUUACAAGCACCACUCAUCGGAUGAAGUACUAGGUGAUGGAAUGCGUAUCCGUCUUCUCACUGCACAGCGAGAUAUGUACAUUACGGGCUUUUGUCUCUUUUUAUUCCUACUACUACGUCUUGUGUACAUCACAUUGGCUACAAACCUUCGAUUGGAAAAGAAUCUAGAGGCUAUGAAGAAACAGGCGGAAGGGGCUGCAGCUGGCUACAAGUCACUGUUGGCAGAGAAUGAGAGCUAUAAGAAACAGACAGACAAGCUACAUGAGCUGCUGGAGGGAGAGGAAGGUGAUGAUAAGAAAAAGAAAGUGGACGCACUGGCCAGAUUGGUGCAAGAGAACGCGGACCUUGAGGAGAAGGUGAAAACCUUAGUCGACAAACUCAAAAAAGCGGAAGACCAGGUCGUUGUGGUGACGAAACAAGCGGAAGGACAAAGUUCUGCUUUUAUGAAGCUUAUGGACGAGAAGAACGAGUCAGACAAACAGCUGGAAACUGUCAAGUCUCAGGAGGUGGAACUCGAGUACCAACGGCAACAGAUUGCUAAGCUUACGGAAGAACGUGACUCUUUGAAGUUCCAGAUUCAGGACUAUGACUUCAUGUUUGCUGAAGCCAAGAAAAAGGCUGAGUAA